GCGCUGUCCGGAUGGAGGGCGGGGCUCCGGUGUCAGUGGGUGUGGCCCCCUGAUCCCCCUGGCCCUGUGGGUGGGGGAGGUCGCGAGUCUCUGGUCUCCGUCAUGCCGGCGGCUGCGUGAGGGUGUCGGAGGCCGCAGGAUGUACAGCAGUGGGGAGCUGGUCACUGAUUUCCUCCGUUACAAGCUGUCGCAGAGGGGCCACAACUGGCGCUGGCUUUGUGAGCAGAAUGGAGCGGCGGGCCUGGGGACACAGCCCGAACCGGGAGCGGCCGUGUACAGCGGCAGGCCCGAGGCUGAGCGGGCCCGCCAGGCCCUGCUGGACGCCGCCGAGGAGUUCGAGCUGCGCUACCGCAGGGCUUUCAGCGACCUGUCGGCGCAGCUCCGCGUCACCCCCGACACGGCGUACCAGCGCUUCGAGCAGGUGGUGGGCGAGCUGUUCCGUGACGGCGUUAACUGGGGCCGCCUGGUGGCUUUCUUCUGUUUCGGGGCGGCGCUGAGUGUGGAGAGCGCAGAGAAGGAGAUGGGCGCAUUGGUGCCCCGCAUCGCCGACUGGAUGAGUACCUACCUGGAGGACAACCUGGAGCCUUGGAUCCAGCAGCAUGGUGGCUGGGUAAUAAUGGAACAGCUGUGUCUCCAUUGGAGCAACAACGUGAUAAUAAGAAGCCGGGGAUUCUUGGCUACCUUGAGGAUGUUCCCAGUUUGUUCUGAGAAUUAUACUGAUCUCAACUGGUCAAAGUUAGGGAUAUUGAUCUUGGAAAUAUUGUGGCCAUUGAAACUGGACACAGCAUGCUGCAAGUUAACUUCCUUUGCAAAAGCAGAACAGUUUGGUGAUGGUCUGGAGUUGAUUAUGCAUCAGGAUGCUUUUGUACAACUGUAUGGGAAUAAUGCUGCUGCUCGGAACCGUCAGUUGCAGGAGUCUGUUGUAAAAUGGUUUAUGGCAGUAACAGCUGUGGGUGCGACUUUGGCCAUUGCUGCGUUCUUAGCCCGGAGAAGGUAACGGCAGUGAGACUGCAUUAAGAGGCAAGCUUUGGUCAACAGCCAUUAUAUUGGAAGAAUAUCUUAGCAGAAUGGCAUGGCCAUGAAAGCUGCAUCGAUAGAUCUCUGCUUACUCCUUGUGUUGGAACACUGUCAGCUGUUUAUACAUUGUGUAUUGUGUAUGUGUACUCAGUUUACAAUUACAAAGCAUUCAUGCAGGUGCUGUGACAGAAACAGAGAUUAUCUGCAAGUAAAUGAACUACAUCAGUAACUAAAGCUAACUUUAUCCAAGAUAAUUGAACCUGGAGUGCAGGCGCUGACCAGCAGCUUAUACAGUGAAGAUCUCUAUUCAGUGACAUGGCUCUGUGCCGUAUUGGCAAAAAUCCACAAACACGGCAGCCCCCUCGCUGCACUGUGGUGUUAAUUUUAAGAUCUAUCAUGUCUGAUGUGACUGAAUAGUACAGACGAGUCAGACUGCACAGAAGAAAAGCCAAGUUGCUUGGAUUCCAGAGGAGGAAUGAAGUUAGAGUGGCCUGCAAGAAAGCUGCUGCUUGUUCUGGAGAUGCCAAUGGCCUACUACAGCUCAAAAUCAAAGGAAAUGGUGGGCAACACCCUCAACUGGAACCUGCUGGGGAUAACCGAGGCAAUGGAGCAGAGUUUUCCUGUAACUGAAGGCUGACUGACAUUUUAUUUAUACCAAAUUUUUAAAAUUUUUGUUACCUGCUGGAAUAUUGAUGUGGUGCUUGAGUGGGGGUGACCAUACAAAGCCUGUCUCUGAUGGGCUCCCUGAUUUCUGGCAUUGUCUUGAUGGUAUACUGUGGGAGAGUUUGAUCAUCAUGUUUGAACUGAAGUUGAAGCUGCCACUGCUUCUCAGCAGGAAUGAAAAAGCAAGACUUCAACCAUUUUGACAAGAUCAUUUGGAAAAGGUUUUGCGGCACAUGGGUUGUCCAUGUUCCUUAAAUGCCUCAGAAUUAUUUUAAGAAGGUUUUCCGCUGUCAUGUGUGGAUGCUGAAGGCGUGACUACUAGUCACUAUUAUUCACUGUAAUCAUUCCUUUUUAAUUUGCUGCUCACACCACAUUAGAAGCGAACUACUUUACACAGUCUUAAAAUUUAAAUUAAAAUGACUUGUUUUUAAACACAA